CCGGGGUCAGCCGAAGGCCUCCGCCCCACAGCCACGUCCAGCGCAGCGAGGGCCCCCAGCCGCGCGCCCGCCGGCCAGCGAGCCUCGGAGACGGCGGGGGCCGGAUGCGCGCUCGCGUCACUUCCGGGCGGUGCAGCGGCGGCCGCUUGGAAGAUGGCUGCGCCCUGUGGCUCGGAGCUGCCCGCCAACUCGCCGCUAAAAAUCCCGAAGAUGGAGGUGCUCUCCCCGGCUUCUCCUGGAGGCCUGAGCGACGGAAACCCAUCGCUGUCCGACCCUUCCACGCCUCGGGGUGCCUCCCCGCUCGGGCCGGGCAGUGCGGCGGGCUCGGGGGCAGCGGCGUCCGGGGGUCUCGGGCUGGGGCUGGGGGGCCGCAGCGCCGCCUCGUCCUCGGUCUCCUUCUCCCCUGGUGGCGGCGGUGGCGGGGCUGCGGCAGCCGCCGCCGCCGCCUGCCGGGGCAUGUCGUGGACGCCGGCCGAGACGAACGCACUCAUCGCAGUGUGGGGCAACGAGCGGCUGGUGGAGGCGCGGUACCAGCAGCUGGAGGGAGCCGGCACGGUGUUCGGCAGCAAGGCCCCCGGGCCGGCCAUGUACGAGCGCGUGUCCCGCGCCCUGGCCGAGCUGGGCUACGAGCGGACCCCGUCCCAGUGCCGGGAGCGCAUCAAGACCCUUCGCAGGUGUUACAGUCGGGUGAAAGAACAUGGUGUUGGGAAAAGAAAGAGCAGUUACACAUUUGAACAGUUGGAACAGGUGUUUGGUCAGGGAGGAUGGGAUGCUCAGCCCUGCCAGCCUGUACUUAUUAACAGUAGUGGCUUGUACCAGGAGCUGGAGUCAGAUGGCAGCACUAUGGAGGACUAUUCACAGGAGGACUGGGGAAACCACAGUCAGGAUCUCCAUGGCUAUCCAACAGAUCAGGAAUUGGAUGAAAUACCUGUCACAAAGAGAACAUUAAAAAUUAAACAGGAGUCUUCUGAAGAAGCACAGAAGCGAGACAUCAUGCAGAAUAUCGUACAGAUUUUGGAGUCAGUACAGUUGAAAUGGGAACUGUUUCAGAGCUGGACAGAUUUUUCAAGGCUCCAUCUUUCUAAUAAACUGGCCAUUUUUGGAAUCGGUUACAAUACCCGUUGGAAAGAGGAUAUCCGUUACCAUUAUGCUGAGAUCAGCUCCCAGGUGCCCCUCGGCAAGCGACUUCGGGAAUACUUCAACUCCGAGAAGCCUGAAGGUCGGAUCAUUAUGACCCGAGUGCAAAAAAUGAACUGGAAAAAUGUUUACUACAAAUUUUUGGAGAUCACUAUUAGUGAAGCUAGAUGCCUGGAGUUGCACAUGGAAAUUGACUGGAUACCCAUUGCCCACUCCAAACCAACUGGUGGGAAUGUUGUUCAGUAUUUAUUGCCAGGAGGCAUUCCUAAAAGCCCGGGCCUUUAUGCCAUUGGUUAUGAAGAAUGUAUUCAGAGGCCCCUGUCACCCCACGUGGAGCAACAAUCUGUGGACCCAGGAAAAGAGGGCAGGGUUGACUUGGAAACCCUGUCAGCACAAGCCUCACUACAGGUGGAAGUAGAACCCUCCCGAAUUACCUAUUGCUACCUCGGAAUUGCUGAGGUCAGGACUCUGCAGCAGUGCCUGUUUUUACAUUUCCAGGCAAAUACCAAAACCUUCAGCAAAGAUUGGGUCGGUAUUAAUGGGUUUUUGUCUCAGAACUGUAUUGUGGAUCCAGGAGUUUCCCCCAAAUCUAUCUAUAUCAAAUUUGUAGAAGUAGAGAGGGAUUUUCUUUCUGCAGGCUCUUUAGUUGAGUGCCUGGAAAAAGCCAUUGGAUACCCCUUAAAAUUUAACAACUGAGUGUCAUCCUUCAUAAGGAUUUGGGCUCUUACCUCCCUCUCACUUUCCAUUACCCAGACCCUUCCUCAUUCAGAUGCUGCCGUCAGAUUCUUUGUGGGGACUCUCUCCACAACUGGGCCAGUACACCUCUAAGGAGUCACAGUACACUUUGUGCAGAAAAAACUGACUUCACCAGAAAAUGCUCACUUUGAGCAAGCAAGAUACGUAACAACUUGCAUGGUGGGUCAGUUGUUUCUUUUUUAAAAAACAAUUUUUAAACGGAUUUUAGAGCCCUAAUUAAACAAAUGUAGGUACAUUCCAUAUUGGACAAAACUUAUACUUUGAGUUUCAUAUGAAAUUGAAAAAUUGUAUUUUUUUCACAACAUUUCAUUUUUACACAUCUCUAUGUCUCUAUAUAAGUAUUAUUUACAAUGCUGAAUAAAUAAGCAAUAGAUAACGGCAAGUUAAAUCUUGAGUCACAGUAAAUAAGACUGUUUUUCAAUAUCACCUUUUAGCUACUAUUGUAUAUAGAGUUUCAUUUUUUCACCAACCAAGUGUUUUGCUAUUUCCAAUCAGUGUUGCCUGCAAAGAUCUUUGUUUCUGUGAUGUACCAACUUUAUGGUUGUGUUACCAUUUAAACUUUUUUUAAAAAAAAAAAUUAAAGUAAUUCCUGGC